AUGGAAGAGAAGAGGCCUCACCUGGUCUUGCAUUUCGAUGUAAACAAGACGCUGGUGAUGAUGGACCCCGCUGGUGGCAAGGGAAGCGUGGAGGAGAUGAUAAGCGACCUCCUCUCCGAGAUUGCCUACGGCACCAUCUCUGACGACGGCGAGUGGCGCCCAGAGCCUGACCACCUCGGCACCACCAACACUCCGCCGCCGGACCAUCCCCACCGCGAGUCCCUCAUCAACUACUACGAUUUUCUUGUGCGCAAGUUUGCGGCGGACAAGCCGCACAGGGACCGGUUGCGCGCCCGGUUCACUGAGGCCGGAGAGCCAGGCGCGCCCUUCCGCCCGCACUACGACACGUUCCUGCGGGCCAUGCGCGCCGCCGAGUGGGAGUCGGCGGAGCCCUCUGUUGUGGACGACGACGCUGCGCCGGCCGUGCCCGCGCCUGCGCCGCAGUAUCACUACAUCCUCCCUUCGUUCCUGCACCUUCUCAAACACCUGAAAGAGAGCGGCCUGUACACCUUCACUCUCGUGUUCCGCACGUUCGGACAGGACUUGCCUCACCUCACACAACACUUUGACGAGUUCUGCGAAGGCAAACAUCCGCUGUACCGAGGCUUUGUCAUGGACGGAAGCGACGGCCAGCCUGACUACCGGAUACAACACAAGACAGGCCAGCACGGCACGUUCUUCCGGCAGGGUCGGGAGAAGCACGAAACGCACCUGGUGCUGGGUCUCUGGGACCAGGUGCCCAAUACCACCAAGCUCGAGGAAUGGGAGGGGAACGUGAGCACUCUAGAAUUCUACGAGGGGAAUGAGCGCGUGAAGAAGGUGCUCACGGGAUUCGACGCCAUCCACGAUCACAUCCACAUAGACCAGAACGAGGCAAGCGCACACGCCAUUUUUUUCGACGACAACAUCCACUUCAACGGCAGUCAGCCAGAGUGGAUGAACAUCGUGGACCUGCGCGAUAAGGAAUCGGGGGCGCCGCUGGCCCUCAGGGACCAUAUCGGGCGGCACCUGGUGAAGGUGGAGCCGGCAGAGGCUAUUCGUGAUGUGGAGUACUACCGACGCGCCGUCACGGCCUGUCUGGUGCCUUGA